AUGGCAUCAAGGCCCACCUCCUCAUCGGGGAGGCCGAGCGGCCAGGAGCGCAAAUAUCACCAAGACUUCAUCACCCGAAUACGAUAUCAAAACCAUCUCCCAGCCCCCCCACAACCUCCCAAGCUUCUCGAAAUUCCAAACAAUGCUGCAACUGAAUACACAAGCGCCAAUUUUGCCUCGAGAUUGGUGCGAGAACAGCCUCUCAAUAUCGAAGUAGACUCGGAACUAGGAAUGCCAAUCGAUUUACUACCGUUUGGGCCAGACGUAUUCUCAUCUCAACUCCCACUCGCCUAUGCCGCUCUUCGAGCUCCAGAAGUCCAACCCAAAGUCCACCCAAGCGACCAACUUCUUCUCCGUCCCAUCUCCGCCCUUGGAAAACCUAGCCAUGCUAAGGCCGGUGUAUCCUUCCUUCGUCGUACAGAAUACAUUGCCAACGAAGCCUCCCGCUCCACCUUCCAAUCUACAACAUCCCGUGAACUCAUCGAAAAUAUCACAAAACACGCAAAGCGUACCAUCAAAAACACCACCAAUGAUCCCGUUGCCAUGUUACAAGCCGUCAUCAAGGGCUUUGAUGUCGCCAAUCCGCCAUCAGGUAAAACCUGGGCAUUGCCGAAACAUCCCACAAAGUCAAAUGUGAAGGCCGUAAACUCCUGGCCAGUACUCCCAGAUCUAGACGCUCACCCUGACGGUCUCGGUUACGUUAUCGUCAAGUUAUCCACAAACCCAGUCGCCCAGUCCAACACCCGAGACCCAGGGCUAGAUUACGCUCUCCUCCGACCCUGGAACGACGAUGGCGCACCCGAAGAUUCGAAGUUUCAUUACUACCUCCCGGACGGCAAGAGUGUCUCUGGGGCGGUAAAACGAAAGUAUGAUGAUGCUGACACAUCAAACGAAGAUUACACCCACACCUCGGCCGAAGGCCGCAAAUUCUACCGCUUCAAACGCCUUAGAGCGUACGAAUACGUCGUCCCACCCGAAGUUAUGAAAGAUACUUAUCGCGAGGUGGUCCUCGUAAUGCGUGGAGGAAAGGGCGAAGAGGACAAAGGAAAAGGAGCAUUCUUCUCGCCAAUCUUCCAAAGAAACAUUCUAAGACCGAUGAGAACGAAGGAUGUUGAUGACAGUGAGGCGAACAAGGCGGAUAUCGCCGAGGUGAAGUUUAGAGACUUAUUGCCAGAGGAGGACGAGCGAAUACAAGAGCAAGUUGGAUUGUUGACGGAGGGAGAGUAG